AUGAUCGUGGUAGUUGAAGAAGAUAAGCAAAAAGAGCAGGAAAAGAAAGAAGAAGAGGAAGAAGAGCAAGAAGAGCAAGAAGAAGAAAAGACUGCAGGUGCUGCUCAAGAUUUGUUCAACGAAUUGCGGUUCGGGCAGCAUAUUUGUCGGGUCGCAUGGUCGGCUCAAAAUAUCAUUGCAUGGGUACCACCAAAGAAGAAAACAACAACCUCGUCGAUGGUGAUCGAAACAGGCGAAUAUCAUUCCGGCAAUGAUAUUGUCAAUGUUGCGUUCAAUCAGCUCGGGAACGGACUGGCAUCGAUAGAUCGAACCGGCAAAAUUGUGCUUUGGAUCUUUGAAGAGUUUAUUAAUGAGUGGAAAGCGAUUUGGAAUGUAGAUGUCAAGGAACCGGUGGUUGCGUUUUGGUGGUUGGCGACUGAACGGAAGUGGGAAUUUUCAAGUACUGGAUAUCGUCGGGCUCCGUUUAAAGGGCCCAGAAAUCGGUAUGGAAAUCUUGCUUUUGUUGUGGUUACAUCGAGUGGCAAGGUCUCGUUGUUCUAUCAACAAGAAAAAGCGAAAUUCUUGUCUAAUACUACACAGUUAGACGUAGAUUCAAACAGUGUUAUUACACAUGCUGAUCACAUGUUAAAUAACGAUGGACGCUUUAUAUUAUCGACAUACAACGCCAACUCAUUAUCCCAGAUUGCAACAAUAUUCGAAAUCUUUAUCGAUUUAUUGCUUCUGGAUGAAAUGAGUCAGAAACACCAUCACCAUCACCUCCAAACAAGUCCUCUCCAGUGUUGGAUGAUUGCUAAUAUUGAUAUAUUGGGGUCGAAAAAAGAAUUAAAUAAUAGUUUACUUUCUGCUAUGCCAGAUAGUGAGGCUGUUCGUAUGGUUUUGGUUACUGCACAGGAAGAAGGAAAUACUGAAGAUUUUUAUUAUAAUAGUCAGCUAAUUUUAUACGAGCUUAAUAAAAGCGAACCAUUUUCGUUUUUGCUUGAAACGGAAGAAAAUAAAAUGUUAAAUAGACGAACUUCGCGGAUCUUGACUCAUAUAAUUAUUCAAAAAAGAUUGAUAACGCGUUUAUGGCAACAUCAAGGAGAAUUGCUUGUUGGUUUUGAUAAUGGGCAAUUUGAAUUCCGUAGAUGCUCUAAUUUGGACCUUAUAAUCACAGACACACGAGCAGUCAUCACAAACCUAGAAAACAAGUGCCUACCAACACCAAGCGCUUGGGGAAUCCGAAACAACAAAGGCCGUGACAAAGCUGGUGAUAAUAGCCUUGCAGAAUUAUCAAUUUCACCAAACAAUGCAGUCCUCCUAUGUGCUCGAUCAUCCGGAAAAAUAGAUUUUUUUGAUAUUGCAGAUACUACACUGUUUUCUUACCUAAAAACUUUUGAGCAGUCGUCGAUUGUCGAGCUUUUCGCUAGACUGUUGACAUUGUCGAUAUUGAAUAAUGUUGAGCAUACAGAUCUGGAAAACGUGAUUAUCAAACUUUCGCUGGAGCAUGAAAAAAGUGAUUUUAUUGAGCUCGUCCUCGAAAAUACUUUAUCGAAUAUCGAAGGAAUCUAUUCAACAGCACGAACUCACGAUUCAUCAGAUCUGUUUGGUAGAUUGCUAGGAGUUCAGCUAUCAUUAUUUAAAACGUCAGGCGAUGAAAGUAUGCAAUAUUUGAAUACGUUGGCGUUUUUACAGCUUAGAGCGGUAGAUGCGGCGUUCAGAAAUAGCUACGUGAUUCGGAAUCAAUCAAAGAUUUUUUCUCCUGAUUCCUUUCCUUCGCUUUUACAUUUAACUUCGUGGGUUGUAGAUUUUGCUGUGAAUUUUGUUCGGAAUUUAUAUGUGCAUUACUAUAGCUUCACAAAAGAUCGCAGUCCAGAAAAAUCACACCUCACCCUCCUAUAUAAUUCUCAAAGCCGCGCAUGGCUCAAGAACAUCUUGCAAUACGUGAGCGAUUUCAGACAAUACAUCACUUCCGUCGCAGGAUCAAAGAAUAUUCGACGGAUGCGCGAUUAUCUAGAAAAAGACAUUUUCGAGAAACGUUGUCCGAUCACGUGGGAUCAAUUACUUCUAUAUGUCAGUGGGAUUGCUGAUGUGGUUGAAAAGGUGGCAAAAGAUGCACCUGACUUUGCGCGUUUAGAAUAUAGCGCGAUACUUCGGUGCACUGUUCCCCAAAGUUGCCAUACAACUCUUCCGGAAGCUGAAAAUCAUUUCAAGCAGUUUGUUAGCACAUUUGAUCCGAAUGUUGUGUACUUUUAUGAAAAUGAUUGGGUGAAAUCGGUGGAUGUUGUUAACAAGACUCGGAACAUUCCUCGGGAUCGUCAGUGCACUCGUUGUGGAUCGUUAUCUUCGACGCAUGACCAUAUAAACAGUCGAUGGUCGAAGAAUUAUGUUAGAUCUUGUGUAUGUGGAGGGCUCUGGCGGAAACUUUCUCAAUAG